GCAUACGCCUGUCUCGAGGACGCAGCAUCGGAACAUUCCAUGAAUAUCCAGGUUCAUUAUCCGCUGCUUAGAUUAGCAGCGAAAAUAUGCCCUGGAGUGAAAACCCUACCAGUCACAACGGCGCGCAUGUCAAAACACUGGAUGCCUCCAAUGGUCGGCGCUGGUGUAUCAUCUGAAGCAUCUUCGUCCGGGGCAACAACAGUUACGACGGACACAGAGGCUAAUGAAGCUGCGGCGGUAGUGGGGAAAAUGGUCGAUUUCAUUUUCGUGUUUGAUGAGUCUGUCGACACGCAGCUGGGGGCCGCAAUCAGAAAAGUCCUUCGGAAAGACAAAUACCUGUCUAUCAACUACAGCGAUUACGGCCCUAUACGGUUUCGACCUACAGGAAUCCCCAUCGAAACCAAGAUCUCAUCUGUUGCCGACAGCGGUCGCACGCAACUUUUGAUUUGGGCUGCAGGCUGGUUCGCCCGUAUGGAAGCCUGGGUUAGGAAACAGCAGAGGGUGAAUGCGGGAACGGAAAUCAAGGCCCCAUGCGAGCUGGUCCAGGCCACAUUAGACGCAGAUACCCGCUUCAAAGCACUUUCUUACACCUGGGGCAACCCCCAAGACACCAAACCCAUCCUGCUCGACGGUGAGCAAGUCCAAGUUACAUCAAAUCUCGAAGCCUAUCUCCAGCAACUUUGCCACCCAACCGAGAAGCAUUGGCAUGAAGAGGAGGCCGAGUCAUACUGCUGCUUUCUAGAGGACGAUGGCCAACCGCCACGCGUCUUUGACGAUCUCCUUGGCACCUUGAUGACCAAGUUCCACCAGAUACUGUCAGCAGCGGCAGACUCGCCCGAGCUGCUGGGCAUCGCAGACGUUCUCGGCAGAGACUGGUUUACUCGAGUGUGGGUGAUGCAGGGGCUGGCCAUGGCAGGCCGAGUGUCGUUCCGGAUCGGUGCGGCAGACAUCGGCCUCGGCCGGCUGUACUUGGCAUGCUUUGGAUUCAGCAUGUUUAUGAUGCGCGACUGGAGGGGGGUUCAUGCGUUGACACGACUUCUCGGGGACACCAUCGAGAAGAGACAUGAGGUCCCCAACAAGAACGAACGGUGGACAGGGCUCCCAGAGCAGGAAGUUGAGGCAGGCAACGGGACAACGAAGCCGACAUUUUCUGCAUCCAGGAGCAUCAAGCUGUCUUCUUACCCAUGGUGGAUCGAUACGACAUCCAAGGAGCUGCAUUUGAAGGGAGUUUUACUAGACCACAUAGUGCGGCUGACCGAACGCACGGCUUUCUCCAUUCAAGAUUAUACCGACAUUGACAAAUAA